CUUGAGUUUUAAGACUUGCACCUAAGUUAGUUCGAAUUUGGGAUGGAUUAAUCUCGAGCCGAGUUUUGAAAUCAGCAGUUAUGAGUGAAGUCUAUUUUGAAUAUCCCACUCUCAUACUCAUUAUUGACCCCAAUUAAAUACGCCCAUACGGCAAACUUGAUGUUAAGAGUCUGAGAGAUGCAUCUUCCCCAUUAGUUGCAGACUCCAGAAUGGGAAUUUCCUGCUGAUCCAUGCAAUUUGAAUUGAAAGAAGUUGGUGGUGGGUGCCCUAUGUCAAGCAGUGUGAGAUGCCUCUCAGUGCUGGAGAAAUGCAAGAGCAUGAAGCAGCUGAAGCAAACUCAUGCGCAAGUGAUCACAUGUGGGCUUGGGACGAACAGCUUUGCCCUCAGCAGGAUUCUGGCAUUUUGCUCAGACCCAAUUCACGGAAGCCUCAAUCAUGCCUGGAAACUCUUCCAACGGAUCGACCUACCCACCAUUAUCAUCUGCAACACAAUGAUGAAAGCUUUUUUUCUCGAGGGUGAAUUCUCCAAGACCCUGAACGUUUACACCCAGAUGUUAAGAAAUGGCCUCGACCCUGAUAACUACACCUUUCCUUAUGUGUUGAAGGCUUGCGCAAGCCUGCGAAGUUUUUAUCUUGGGGAAGCAAUUCAUGGGCACAGUUUGAAACUGGGCCUCUCGUUUGAUGUGUUUGUGGGUAAUGCUUUAAUUUUCAUGUAUUCUGCAUUUGACGACAUGGAACUGGCACGGUAUGUGUUUGAUGAAAUUCCCCAGCAAACGUCUAUGGCAUGGACGGUCAUGAUUUCUGGGUAUGCAAAGCAGGGGAAUGUUGAUGCGGCAAAACUGCUGUUUGAUGAAGCACCGCCGCCUGUGAAGGAUGUAGGAUUAUGGGGUUCCAUGAUUUCUGGGUAUGUGCAGAAUAAUUGUUUUAAGGAGGGUCUGCACAUGUUCCGUCUGAUGCAAUCAGCUGGCUUGGUUCCUGAUGAGCCCAUUUUUGUGAGCAUUCUUUGUGCUAGUGCACAUUUGGGAGCUCUGGACGUUGGCAUUUGGAUUCACAGGCAUAUAGAUCAGCUUGGUUUGGCAAUGAGUUCGCGGUUGGGAGCUGCUCUUACAAACAUGUAUGCCAAGUGUGGGAGUUUGGAUUUGGCCAAGAGGGUGUUUAAUGGAAUCCCACAAAGGGGUGCUAUUUGUUGGAAUGCUAUGAUUUCGGGAAUGGCAACACAUGGUGAUGGAGAGGGUGCCCUCGAGCUGUUUUGGAAGAUGGAAAAGGCUGGGGUGAGGCCAGACGACAUUACCUUCCUCGCCAUUUUUUCCGCUUGUAGUUAUUCAGGCAUGGCAUUUGAGGGUCUCAGGGUGUUAAACAGGAUGUGUGCAGUGUACAAUAUUGAACCCAAGAGUGAACACUACGGGUGUAUAGUUGGCUUUCUAGGCCGUGCCGGGCUCUUUAAAGAAGCAAAGGAAAUCAUCAGAAUAAUACCCGAUUCAAGUCUCUCUGAAGAAGCAAUAGCUUGGAGAGCAUUACUGAGUGCUUGCUGUGAUCAUGGACAAAUCUAUUUGGCUGAGGUUGCAGUUGAGAGACUCUUGCAGUUAGAAAAUCAUAGUGGCGUCUAUGUUCUACUUGCAAAUUUAUAUGCAGCUGCAGGGAAGCAUGAUGAUGCCCGAAGAAUAAGGAAGAUGAUGAGAAAAAGAGGGGUGGAUAAGAUGCCAGGUUGCAGCUCCAUCAAGAUUAAUGGGUUUGUUCAUGAGUUUGUUGCAGGAGAGAAAACACAUCCACACAUGGAUGAAAUAAAUAGACUAUUGGAGAAGAUAAACAACCACUUGGAUUAUUCAGUCCCAUCAUUUCUCCAGGCUGUUGUAUAAUAUAACCAAACUGGUUGCCUCAUCUUGUAUCAUUUCCAUGUUCCCGCACCAGCAAUUGUUUGGGAAGCAUGCUUGCUCCAUUGUUUUGAUUCUUUCGAAUAAGUAUUCUGUAUUGCAAUUGAUUUGUAGUUUCUAAGUUUGAAUUUGUACUAUGUAUUUGAAUUCGACAAAGUCAUCAAAAGGUACUAUUUUUCAUAUGGAAUAUAAGCUAUAAAUUUUCCUUUUUUCAUAA